AUGAAAGUACAAAGAGAUGAUGGUGAAGUUCACCUGGCCCAGGCAGACAACUCUGACUCAGAUGAAGUGUUAUUGAUGGCUUCUACAAGCAUGGAGGAUGACUAUCUUGGAUUAAGGUAUCUUGACACAAGGUGCUCGAAUCACAUGACUGACCAUAAAGAUUCAUUUGUAAUUAUUGAUGAGAAGGUGAAGAGGGAAAUCAGAUUUGCAGACAACAGCACAAUAACAGCUGAAGGAGUUGACAAGAUCUUGAUUCAAAGAAGGGAUGGCAAACAAUCUUUCAUAUGUGAUGUGUUGUAUCUGCCAAAUAUGAAGAACAAUCUGCUAAGUCUUGGACAAUUGCUGGAGAAAGGAUACUCAAUAAAUAUGGAGAAUAGACAAAUGAAGAUGUUUGAUAGUGCAAAAAGGCUUAUCUUGAAGGCACCACUGUCCAAGAACAGAACCUUCAAGAUUGAAAUCCAAAUUAGUGAAAAUCAAUGUCUUGCUGCAGAAAUUAGGAAGGAAGACUGGUUGUGGCCCCAGAGGUCUGGACAUCUGAAUUUUAGAAGUCUUCAAAUGUUGUAG